UUCACGAAAGGAGACAAGGUGAUUGUGACUUUUGAUCUUGCUACCUUAUAUGGUCCGAUCAAAAACUGGAAUAAUGGACUUGGUGGCCCAAUUGACGGUGUUCUAAGAGAAUAUGUAGCAGUUCCAUCGACGGCAGUCGUCAAGCUUCCGGAUUCCCAUCUUAGCUAUAGCCAAUGGGCUAGUGUUGUUUGCACCGGGACCACUGUAUGGAACUCUUUCUACGGGAAUAUUCCUCUGAAGCCAGGAGAUACUGUUCUCUGCCUUGGUACUGGAGGGGUGUCUGUCACUGGUCUCGUUCUUGCAAAGGCUGCUGGUGCCACUACUAUUAUCACAUCUUCUUCGGAGGAGAAGCUACAGUAUAUUCAGCAAAAGUACGGAGCUGAUUAUACCAUCAACUACAAGACCACUCCCAAAUGGGCAGAAGAGGUGCAGAAGAUAACCAACGGCAACGGUGUAGAUUACAUUCUUGAAAACGGUGGCUCUGGGACUAUCAAGCAGUCCUUGGAAGCUGUUGCCUACGGUGGUAAUAUUGCAGUUAUAGGCUUUCUCUCACCUUCUCUCCAGCAUACCAUGCCGGAUGUAGCCGGUCUUGCAUUGGCAAAAGGAGUAAUUGUUCGUGGCAUCAUGGUUGGCUCUAAGCAGCUGCUUGAGGAUGCUGUUCGAUUCAUCGGAGCUCGUAACAUACCUGUCCCUGUUGAGAAGACUUUCAAGUUCGGCCGGGACCAAGUGGUUGAUGCAUACGCAUACCUUGCGAGCAGACAGCAUACAGGAAAAGUCUGUAUCGACUUUUGUUAG